UUGAAAAUCGAUGUAUUCUAUGUUUCAUGAUUGCUGCUGUGCUGCCGCGAAGAGAAAAUAGCUGAUCGCUGAUUCGCUGCUACAAAGAGAACCUGCUACAGUGAGUUUUAAAUCAAACUACAGUCGAAGAACCGUACAGAGCGGUACGACAUUCCAUAGGCACUAUAACGUAUUAAAGCUGGUUCUUUUGAAAUCUAGAUUCGUAAGACUGACAUCGGAGACUGAGUGAUACCUAUUUUUAAAGACUGUUUCAGCAGAAAAAAGUAGCAUGGUAUCUGUGAAACGUGUGGCCAUCAUUGGAGCUGGGGUUAGUGGACUAGUAUCAAUCAAGAGUUGUCUGGAAGAGGAGUUUCAACCCAUUUGCUUCGAAAAAAGUUCGCAAAUAGGUGGCGUUUGGAUUUACAGUGACGAUGACACAAGAGGAAAGGCCAGUGCCAUGUACAAUGGACUUGUUACUAAUUCCAGCAAAGAAAUGAUGUGUUUCAGUGACUUUGCCUAUCCACCUGAAUAUCCACCAUAUCUGUAUACUCAUCACGUGAUCAAAUACUACCGGGACUAUGCUAAACAUUAUGAUAUAGAGAAAUACAUCAAAUUUAACACAGAAGUGAUCGAUGUUAGUCCAACAGACGAUAACCAAACGACUGGUCAAUGGAAUGUCACAAUCCGACAAAGGAACCAAGAGCAAUUCAUUGAACAGACUGACGUAUUUGAUGCCGUAAUGGUUUGUACGGGAAAGCACUCCAAUUGCAUAAUGCCAGAAUAUCCAGGAAUGGACAAGUUUAAAGGCCAAAUAAUACAUAGCAACACAUUCAGAAGAGGAGAGGACUUUGUUGGUCAGAAUAUACUUGUUGUUGGUGCAUCGCAUUCUGCGGGGGAUGUGGCUACGCAAUGCAGUCAUUAUGCUAAGUCGACGUACAUUAGCCUCCGAAAUGGUUGCUACGUGUUGGCUAGACGAGGGCCAAAUGGACAACCAAUGGACUCAGUGGCAAACCGCCGUUUUUCGUCUAAGAUUCCUGGAUUUAUAAGAUCAAAAAUGCUGACCAGUCUGGUUGAGUCAAGGGUGGACCAUGAUAGUCUCGGCCUGAGAUCAGACAGACAUGUCUUUAGCGCAAGCGUAAUGGUAAAUGACUCAUUACCAGAUCGAAUUCUCAACGGGACACUUAAAGUGAAGGCACACAUCGAGAAGUUUACUAAGAAUGGUGUAAUGUUUGUUGACAGAACAUAUAUCGAAGAUAUUGACACUGUUAUUUUUGCAACUGGAUAUGGCAUAACUUUUCCUUUUAUUAGUCGUGAAAUUGUUGAUGAAAGAAAGCUGGAGCUAUUCAAACACAUUCUAUCUCCGAAGUACACAACACUUGCAUUCAUUGGAUCCGUGGGAGCCAUUGGGGCACAAGCGCCAGUAUACGAACUACAAGCCCGCUGGGCUGCUUCUGUAUUUUCAGGCACUGUGAAGCUUCCUGAUUUGAAGGCUUGUCAGAUGGAUGCCAAAAAACGUGUUGAUGGCAUGAUAAAACGAUAUGGCUAUCUGAAAAUAAAAUUUGCACCAGUACCCUACCAAGAGGAACUAGCCAAUGAUAUUGGCGUGAUACCGACUCUUGAUAUGUUUCUAACUGACCCUAAACUUGCUGUUAAGGUAUUUUUCGGACCAGCUUACCCGCCAUCGUACAGACUUCAGGGACCUCAUGCUUGGGCAGGUGCAAGAGAUGCUAUCAUGAAAGGCUGGGAGAACACCAUUAGUUCGACAAAAACAAGACACAUUUCUAAAGAACAUGGUGUAACGGGUCAUAUUCUAUUUACUGCAAUUUUUCUGUUCUUUCUUAUAUUAGUAAUCUUGUUCUAAAAUUAGUUUGCGUAUGAAAGACAGUAUUUUAAUUAGUCCAGAGUGGUUUAAAUAAUAUGUAACACGUGAUCAUAUAUGUUUUAUACGCAUAGUAUGAGCAAAUCGAACAAUCAUUUGGUGAUCAUUACUAACUAAACUAACAAAAUCCUUUCCAGCAGUUUGCUGGUACCCAUUGACACAGCUGGGUGGACUGAAGCAAAUGUAGCUAAAGUGCCUUGCCCAAGGACACAAGCGAAUCUGCACAGCGGAGAUUCGAAACCCCAACCUUACGAUAGAAAGCCCAAACCUUAACCGCUGCGCCAAACUGCCGCCAUUUGUUAUGGCAAAUUAUGGCAAAUACUAAAAUGUACAGAAUUGUGGAACUAUGCAUAAUCGACCUGUUGAUCACAAAUUCUUUUUGGUUUUAUAAUCAUAGUUUGCUGCGUACCAUGUUACCAUAAACAUAUAUACAUAUAAUUACUGUAAAUUUUACCCCGCAUUGUGAUAGAAUAUAUCAGCUGUAAAUGGCACUGGCGUAGCGGAGGUGGUAUUCAAUUAUUCAAAAUUUCAAACAUAUGUUUUUAUGAUCUCCCUAAUUCGACAAAGUAAAGUAAACUAAUUGUAUAUAUAUAUAUAUAUAUAUAUAUAUACAUAUAUAUAUACAUAUACAUAUAUUUGUG